CUGGUGCGCAGUUGGAGAGCUGGAGAGCUACCGUCAGCCUCGGUUCAAUCCGCUGAGUCAACAUCUGACUCUUGUUCGGAGUUUCCGUCACUCACGUCUUCCUUUUCUGUUCGUUCACCUUUUCUUUUUAAACAAACGGCGAUUUUUUUUCGUGGCUGUUUCUUGACUUUUUCUUCAAGUUAAGGUCGGCCAACGCAAGCUUGCGAGCCUCCCACAGACAGCCGGGUGUGCGUAUCGUACAUCUGCCGAGAAGAGGCACCUCCUCCAGCUUUAAGUCCGUCUGUGAUGGAACGAAACUGUCGAGCACCAUGACACGUUUUUCAGGAUUUGUCAGUUGAUAGCGCUCUCCGGUUAUGAUGCCAAAUGCUGCAGAUCGUCACUGAGAUUUUCUUUUGAGUAAAAGUUGAAAUCUCAACAAUAGCCUUCUUGAGCAUAACUCAUCCGACCUCACACGAUGGCUUCCAAUAUAAUUGUGGAACAGCAGUUUUCUCACACAUUUACCGUGACUGUGGUUCGAGCUGAGAGUGUCACCAAAGGCGCGCUUGGUGAUCUCUUGGACACUCCAGAUCCAUACGUGGAGCUGUUCAUCCCAACUGCCCCAGAGAGCAGAAAGAGGACCAAGCACAUAGACAACAACAUCAAUCCAAAAUGGAACGAGACAUUUCAUUUCAUCUUAGACCCAAACCAGCAAAAUGUCCUAGAAUUAACAUUAAUGGACGCUAAUUAUGUGAUGGAUGAGACACUUGGGACAGCGUCUUAUGACAUCACCAAGCACGGUAUAGGCCAGAAAAUGACGGAGGCUUUCCUCAUUGGCAAAGCAACUAAAGUAUACUUAGAGAUGUCCUUGGAGAUUUGCACCAACCUGGACCUGCGGUUCAGCCUGGCCCUGUGUGACAAAGAGAAGCAGUUCAGACAGACCCGCAGAGAAAGAGUGAUGCUGGGCAUCAAGAAGCUGCUAGACAUGGAGAAGCCUCGUUUCCUCCCCUGCUCUCCAGAGGAGGUACCAGUGAUCGCCAUUGCAGGCUCAGGAGGAGGUUUCCGUGCCAUGGUAGGCUUCUCAGGUGUGAUGAAAGCAUUGUUUGACUCCGGGGUACUGGAUUGUGCCACAUAUAUCGCAGGACUCUCUGGGUCAACAUGGUACAUGGCCUCUCUCUACUCCCACCCAGACUUUCCCAAUAAGGGCCCAAACGAUAUCAAUCAGGAACUGAUGAACAGAGUUAGCAGCAACCCACUAAGGCUGUUGCUGCCUCAACACAUAACCAACUACAUCCAGGCCCUCUGGACCAAAAAGGCCACAGGGCAGCCUGUAACCUUUACAGAUAUCUUCGGUAUGCUCAUAGGAGAGACGCUUAUUCCUGCGAGGAUGGGCAUCAAGCUGAGCAGCAUACAGGAGAAAGUUAACCAGGGCCAGAGUCCUCUUCCUCUCUUCACAUGCCUGCACGUCAAGCCAGAUGUUUCUGAGCUCAUGUUUGCAGACUGGGUGGAGUUCAGCCCGUAUGAAAUCGGUAUGGCGAAGUAUGGCACCUUCAUGACCCCGGACAUGUUCGGAAGCAAGUUCUUCAUGGGAACUGUUGUCAGGAAAUAUGAGGAAAACCCUCUACAUUUUCUCAUGGGUGUGUGGGGCAGCGCUUUCUCCAUCUUGUUCAACAGAGUCCUAGGGGUCAAAGACACAGUUGGUGGCAGCACCAUGGAAGAGGAGCUAGAGCAGAUCAAACCUCAGCACAUCGUGGGAGAAGACAGUAUGGACAAUGACGAUGAGCCACGUAAAGGUGGAACAGAGAACCAGGAGGCAGAAGACGAGUACAAUCGCACCGCUCAGGCCAGCUGGGUUCAACGGAUGUUCACAUCACUUUUCAGCGAUUCAUCCUUAUUCAACACAAGAGAGGGCCGAGCCGGGAAGGUGCAUAAUUUCAUGCUGGGUCUGAACCUGAACACCAGCAUGCUGUUCUCUCCCUUCAGUGAGGUCGCAUCAAACGCUACUAUACCUGAAGAGGAGGUGGAUGCUGUCACAGACCCAGAUGAGUUUGAUCGUAUUUACGAGCCUCUGGAUGUGAAGAGUAAAAAAAUUCAUAUAGUGGACAGCGGCUUGACGUACAACCUCCCCUACCCUCUCAUCCUGCGGCCGCAGCGCACUGUCGACCUCAUUAUCUCCUUCGACUUUUCUGCACGACCCAGCGACUCCAGCCCCCCGUUCAAGGAGCUCCUAUUGGCUGAAAAGUGGGCCCGGAUGAACAAACUUCCAUUCCCAAAGAUUGACCCCAAAGUCUUUGACCGCGAGGGCCUGAAGGAAUGCUACGUCUUCAAGCCAAAAAAAGGAGAAAAGAACUGCCCGACUAUCAUCCACUUUGUCCUGGUCAACAUCAACUUCAGGGAUUUCAAGGCACCCGGUGUUCCCAGAGAGACAGAGAAGGAGAAGGAGCUGGCUGAUUUCGACAUCUUUGAUGACCCAGAGAGCCCAUUCUCCACUUUUAACUUCCAGUACCCCAACGAGGCCUUCACCAGACUCCAUGACCUGAUGGAGUUCAACACUCUCAACAACCUGGAGGUGAUCAAAGAAGCCAUCAAGGACUGCAUCGUGUCCCGGAAGGAGAAUCCCUCAUGCCACCGCCUUCCUUUCUCUCUCAGCGAGAUCCCGAAAAAGAAGUUUGUCAACACAGAUCCUCAAGUGAAACCCUGGAGCCACCUGGGAAAUGACAAACAGUAGCUCGUUUCAAGACGUUGGAUAAAGAUGACAUGAGGGGUUUUUGUACAAUUUGUCUCCAAGUGAAGCAUUUUCUUUUUGGAAAAGGCAAUCCUGUUAACCUGUUAUCUCUAUACUUUUAAUCAUGUUUUGACAUUUGAAAAGAACCUUGAGGUUUACUGGUUGAAGCCUUAUGAUUGCAUUCAUAAACAACACAGUAAGAUUUGUUUUGAUCUUGCUGCUGGGAGGUGCUGUUGGCAUUAAUUCUCCACAAACAGUGUGUGUCAGCGUUUCCUUGGCUGAAGAAAGGAUGGCUGGAUUAUGAAAUCUAACUUUUACUAAUUUCUGCAGUGUGACUGGAUUUUUACAGCGAGCAUCCGAAACUUUAGGAGAUCAUUUCAAGUCAUUCAUUUUGUUAUUGAUAUUGACGGGGGAUGCUAAACCAUGUGUUCUCUUAUUUAUACAGAAAUGUCCACUGAUAAUGUGCUCCAUCACUCUACUUUUUUAUCACAUUUCGUGUUUUUUCUAUCACAGCUGCAACUUUCAGUUCAACUUUCAGCUGAUGUUUGCAUCGCUCCUAUGACUCUUUAUGCAGCCGUGUGUGUGCACUGUUGUACUUGUUUGCUAGCUGAACUCUUUCUAUAUUUAGUGUGCUUCUACACAACAUGCAAAUCAGUGUGUUUUUUUUUUUUCUCACUGGAUGGCUCGUCUAAACAUGUAAUCCUCUUCGAAAACAUGGAAGAGAAGCUAGUUACCGUUGGUUUUGUUUGAUGGCAACUCCUAAACACACAGAGUGCACCCCCUCUGGAUACCUCAAACAUCCUAAUAUUGCUCACCCACCUGAAGGGAGGGAGCGCUCCCUGCUCCCCUGUAGGGCGUGUCUCAUAUUUAAGCCUCCAUUUUGGAAAAACAAAACUUGAUACCAUAGAAACGGCUUGUCUCUCUCCAUCAGGAUAAAGGUGUGUUUAUUUUCCUGACCAUGUUGUUUCAGCCUGCCUUUAGAUACCAGAAGAAUCUGUUUUUCAAAGUCCAUUUCCUCAUCCAACAAACCCAAGAGCUCCUCGAAUGCCCCCGCACAGUGAGGUGGGGCCUUGGUCAAAGUAAGGAGAGGAUGGGUGGAGUGGUGGGUGCUGUUAAGAGACCCACUCACAGCUGAAAAAACGGCUCUCUGCGGCACUCAGUGGAAUUUUACACACUACACCUACACCUGCAGCAGUAGAGGCCUGGAAUCUGACACACUACACCUAUACCUGCAGGGGCCCGAAGGCUGCAUAUACAGAGCAGUGGAAUUUUACACUGAAGCAUUUAUAUAUAUACCCCUAUAUGCUCAAGUGUCAGCACUGGAUAAUACUGAGGAGAAAAAUGUGUUCUGCAGUCCUGCUGCAGAGAUUCAUGACGUGUCAGCUCCUGCAUGUUUGUUAAUUUUUUUGUAGUUAAAUGCUUUUUAAAUGUUUUUAAAAGAAAAUCUUGAGGAAUAUUUUGAUUUGCUUAUUUCACAUGAUUACCACUCUGAUAUAUCUCUACUACAGUUGAUGUCUUGUACAGGGCUAAAUUAGCCGCUGUUUCACAAACUCACAGCUAAUGCAAUCACUCGUCUAUUUUCAUCCGUCUUUCCAAACAGAUAAAACGUAACUCGGUAAGAAUCAAAAGUUUCAAAUCAGGUUAAAAAAAAGAAAAAUUAAAGGAAAAACUACAGCUCCCAUGGAAUUGUAGUUUAUCCAAAAACCUGAAAAGGUUAAAGAGUUACUGUUAAAGUUUGAUUUAAACAACAACAGAAUUAUGGAAUAAACAAUCAUGUUAGAUUCCCUUUUAAUAUUAAACGUUGGGCAUGCAAGAGAGUUUCACACAUCUAUAUUUACAACCUAGAAACAGCCAGGCUCAGCCUUUAAGCAAAGCUAACCAGAUGUUGGCUGUAACCUGGUAUGUUAAAGAAUUUUUAACAAGAGAUUUAUGAGAGUGGUAGAUGAUUUAUGAUAGUCUUUCCUUAAAGGUCACUUUGAUAAACCUUAACAAGCAAAUUUCUAAAGCUGUUGAAAUACUUCUUAAGACCAAACUGUAUGAAUAAAAAAAGCAUUGUUUCUUUUAUAAAUACAUCCUGUCAUUUUCUCUGACCUGUCAUGUUACACUUUUUUGUAUUGUAGCCUUAGCAUGAUUAGAAAUUUUAUUUUCAGUAUUUCUGUGCUUCAUUUUCUGACCUUUGACGAUGUUAACAAGUCAGAUGCUACGUGGUCAUUUUUAGGCAGCAGAGAUAUGCAGAGAUAAACCAGUGAUUAUAAACUAACUGUUCAUAUUAAAACUGGCAAAAACAUGACAUACAUACAUAAUGUUUAUGUGUACUGUAAGAAGAUAAUAAUAAAAGAGAGAAUUUA